AUGAUCGCCGUGUCCUUUUUGUUGGCGUGCUUCGCGGCAGCUCUGCAGCCAACGUCGGCCGGCGAGGCUGGAAGGGGUGGGAUCUGGCAUAUCCCUUUUGCGGCCGACCUGGCUCGGGCUCGCUGCCCUUCCAGAUGCGGUGGUGUUGCCAUUCACUAUCCGUGGGGGAUAGGGCCGGGCUGCUUCCGGCAAGGCUUCGAGCUCACCUGCAACAACACCGCUGGUCAUAAGAGGCUCUUUCUGGGCAACAGUACCACUGAGGUCCUUGAGUUGUCUCCCGGAGAAAACGGACUUCGAGUCUCUCCUAUCCACUUCAACGUCACCAAGAAACCAGGUAUGAACGACACCUAUAACAUGUCAUGGGAGGCCCCUGUUAAAGGUGUUAUGGCUUCUGAACAAACUGGCUUGUUCGUUGUUGGUUGCGGUGUGGGUCUCUACUUGUUCGGCCAUGAUACCACCGACCCCAUUGGUUAUUGUGACAUGCCAGCAUUUGGGUUCACAGUUGACCGCCUCAAAGGCGUCUCAGCACUAUCAGGUCAAGCUCAAGUACUCUCUAAUACUAUCAAAGUUUUCCUGGCGGAGGAUUACAAUUUUCAUGUUGCCGACAUCUAUUCAAGUCGGGUAGACAAAAGAAACAUUGAUGUGGCAGUGCUUCGAAUAGUCAUCACGGAUCAACCAAGCUGUGAAAGUGCUCAGAAGAAAAAGUCAAGCUAUGCUUGUGGCGAUAGCAGCGAUGGCGUCGGUGUACCAUCUGGAGGCUACUCCUGUAGCUCCCGCCCUGACACAACCGGCAACAACCCGUACCUUAUGGAUGGUUGUCAACAAGCGCGGUCGAGGAGGCGAAGGGAUCGGACCCGUCUGAUUCCCGGAGCAGUGAAGUGUUGUGCCGUGCUCAUCGGCCCGAGUCAUGCUCACAGACCUCAAGCCACGCACGCCUGCCCUGAGACAUGCUCGUCUGCCAAGCGCCGCGCUCGCCCGCCUUGCGACACGCUCGUCGGGGCCGCCCCGUGGCACGCACGGGGCCGCCUCAAGACGCGCUUGCCGGCCCUCGCUUGCAUCGCCGGCUGCACGAGCCACCCGGCCGCCUGGGUCUUCUUCAUCUGCGUCGUCUACAUCGGAUGGUUGAUGCUGCUAGCUACUUUACUAAAAUGGAUGUGGGCAUUGUUUGAUGCAGAGACCGGGGGUAUCACAAUUGGAAUUAGUUGUGGCCUUGGUGCCAUAAUUCUUGUGGUAGGCGCCACAGUACUCAUCAACAAGUGGAAGAGAGGCAUACAGAAGAGAAUUCGAAGGACAUACUUCAAGAGAAAUCAAGGCCUACUCUUGGAACAACUAAUAUUAGAUGAAAGUGCCACAGAUAAAACAAAGAUAUUCUCUUUGGAGGAAUUAGAUAAAGCAACCAACAACUUUGAUGUCAGUCAUAUUCUUGGUCAUGGAGGACAUGGCACGGUUUACAAAGGGAUUCUAUCCGACCAACGUGUAGUGGCCAUAAAAAAGUCUAAGCUGGUGGAGCAAACUGAGAUUGACCAGUUUAUCAACGAGGUUGCCAUCCUGUCACAAAUCAUUCAUCGGAAUGUGGUCAAGCUUUUUGGUUGUUGUCUCGAAACAGAAGUGCCUUUGCUAGUUUAUGAGUUCAUAUCCAAUGGCACCCUAUAUGAUCUUCUUCACAUUGAUGUAAGUGUUCAGUGCUUACUUUUAUGGGGUGAUCGCAUUAGGAUUGCAGUAGAAGCUGCAGGUGCUCUUGCUUAUCUGCACUCAGCUGCUGCGAUACCAAUUUUCCAUAGAGAUGUCAAAUCUUCCAAUAUACUCCUAGAUGGCAACUUUACUACCAAGGUUUCUGACUUUGGUGCUUCGAGGUCUUUAUCACUUGAUCAGACACAUGUAGUGACAAUUGUACAAGGAACUUUUGGUUACUUAGACCCCGAGUACUACCACACUGGGGAGCUGAGUGAGAAGAGUGAUGUUUAUAGCUUUGGAAUUAUACUGGUGGAGCUUCUAAUGAGAAAGAAGCCAGUUUUUAUUAAUGAACAAGGUAUAAAGCAAAGCUUGGCUCAUUACUUUGUGGAAGGACUUCAGCAGGGAGUUCUCAUGGAAAUCAUGGAUCCCCAAGUUGCGGAAGAAGCGAACCAGAAUGAAAUUGAUGACAUUGCCUCAGUUGCGGAAGCAUGCUUGAAAACCAAAGGAAAAGAAAGACCUACCAUGAAAGAGGUAGAAAUGAAGUUGCAACUCCUGAAAACUAGAAGAUUAAGGAGUCAACUUCCUCCCAUAAAUGAUGGAGAGAUCGAGUCAUUUGGGUGCCUAAAUGGCGCUAGCUCUCAUGCACAGAGCAACGGCAUUGUCAGUAAUGUUGGCUUAACACCUACAUGCAGCUCCGGAAAGUACAGUCUGGAGCAAGAGUUUUUGAACUCGGCCAGCUUGCCACGCUAGCGAAGCACAC